AUGCGAGGCAAUGCGAUGACGGAGGCAGGGAAUGGGCGACAUGCUCACGCGAGUGCCUCUCUACGUCGAGUACUCCCUUGUCUUUUCCCCGCCCGCCGCCGCCACCUCACCCCGCUCACGGAGGACGUUGGACCUCCCCACCUACUUCCACUCGUGCCUCAAUUUCUCCACUUUAACAAGGCCCUCAUAAGCUUCUCCAACGUCGGUGACACCGACUCCCUGACCAAGACAUGGAAGGUCUGCACCAAGGACCGUAUCGUCGACGCCAACAAUGCCAAGUCUAAACGGAAGUUCAAGAAGCUUUCGAAACACAUGAGCGACAAGCUCGACAAGGAGAAGGGCAGGAGUAUCGAAGAGCUCGAGGCUCCUGGCUUCAAGCGUAACCACUCUACCGACAUCAUCUGUCAGCACGCCGCCGAGAAGGAGCACACCUGGGAAGUGGACCAAUACACUCGCCCCGGCAACAUUAAACGGAUGCAAUUCACUUUCUCCCUCGACCAACCUACUCCCGUCUCCUCCCCCCCGCCCCAGUCAAGAAACCCGACCUCAAGCCACGCCAACGACAAGGACCCUCCUCUUACCCAGCGGUGCCGCAAGCCCUCCGCCACCGCCGACGCCGGCCAGCCCGAUACCGACGACUAUGACGCCUCUCUCCGAUUGAACUGUGGCGCAAUGCACACCCCGCUCUGGAGGAGGGAGCCCAUUGACUGGUUGAAUUGCAACGCUUGUGGGCUGUACUCGUCUGCACUCGAAGUCCAUCGCAACAACCACGGCGAGCGCUCGCAAAAAGCUCCUCGCCCGAAGCUCAACGAAGUCAUAGCGGAGUGCUAUAACUGCAACACUACCGCUACGCCCUGUGGAGGAGGGAUGACAAGGGCAAGACUGUCUGCAACGCGUGAGUCUUUUGUGUCUGCUUAUGGCAAUAUUCGUUCAUCCCUUGGAGACUAUUCUGACUGUUUCGCCGCUUCUCUCUUCGUUUUCGCCUUUGAUCCAUUCUCCUUUGUGAUCCUCCGCAUCUUCUCCUUCCAAUCAGCUGCGAAUGCUGACUCACCUUCCUCGUGUUUUCCCGUUCUGGUUGGGCUAUCACUUGCGUCACAAAACAGCUUCAAGCUGCAUGGUUCCCCACGGCCCAUCUCCAUGAAAUCCCACGACAUCCUUAAACACUCCUGGCACGAAGCCCGCCGUGCCUCCGUCAGCGAGUGGCAAUCCCCCCGGUAUGCCCCCGCCUCCCCGGGCACGUCUCGUUGCACUUCUCCCACCUCGGCCCACGACGGAACGAACAACUCCAACUCGCUCUCGCCGAUCCUCACCCCUGAUUCGACCACGCAGAUGAACGUCGGGCCUUUUGGGGGUGAGAUGGGAGACACCUACAGGGACGUGUACGCUGACUAUGUAGAUUACUCAAGGCAUGGUGCGCAUCAUAACCAGGGACACUCGAGCGAGCUUGUUGGUGUGCUUGGUGGUGGACAGGGAGACAGUGGGGCGAUCUAUGGGUCCACGGAGUCAGAUGGCGGGUUCCAGCACGCGCUGAACCUUUCGCUCGGCGGCAGUGGCAGACCUGGCUCUGCUGGGUUCCCGGGCCCUUACCUUCCCGACUGUAUCUCGCAGAUGCUCAGCUUCGGGGACACGUACAACGGGAACGGCGGCAAGAACUCAGAUGUCGAUUCGGACGCGCUCAUGCGCAGGAGCCACAAGUGUCGUCGUAUGAACAAUGACUCCGCGACUGACCCUCCUUCCUCCACCAUCUCAUACUCGUCCUUCAGGGGCUCGUUCUCGUCAUCCACCUUCACGUCCGUGACAUCCCAGUCCCACUGCAACUUGAUGAAUUUUGCCUUUUCGUCGCACUCGUAA